UGCCUGGAUUUUUAGAUGAGAACAGGUUUGGAAAUCUAAUCAUGGUGCGAGGUUAUAAAUUCGUCAGAAACCGCAGAGUGGAAAUAACUUAAAUUUAUUCACUCAUACUCGUGUUGUCAACUGUACAGCACCAAACCAAACCAAACCAAACCCAACCUAACCAAGCCAAACCAUGCCUCCAGAUUCCAAUGUAGAAGAGUCUGAGAAUAAGAAGCAGAAGUUGCAGAAAUGGUUGGAUCAGAACCAAUAUACAAGGCGAGGAAUUCUUCGAUACGAACGAAUUUUUGGGACAACAUAUGUCAGUGUAGGAGGAGAAACUACAACCAGAAUGUUUACGGAGAAAUUGGGUCUUCAACCAGAGAUGAAAGUUUUAGACAUUGGUUGUGGCAUAGGGGGAUCUGCUUUCUAUAUGGCGAAAAGGUUUGGUGUAGAUGUACAUGGAAUAGAUCUAUCCACCAAUAUGAUUGGUAUUGCCCAGGAUUACAGGAGUGAACUUGAACCUAUGGUGAAGCACAGGGUUCAGUUUUAUGUUGAUGAUGCAACAAGCAUGGGAUAUCCUGACAGUUUCUAUAACGUAGUUUACAGUCGGGAUACCAUUCUUCACAUCAAGGAUAAACUUGGGCUUUUCAACAGAUUUUAUAAAACUCUCAAACCUGGAGGAAAGGUUCUUAUCACAGACUACUGCAGGGGGGACCAGGAGCACAGUGAACGGUUUCUUGAAUAUGUGAAAAGUAGAGAUUAUGAUCUCCACACUGUUCAGGCCUACGGUUCUAUCCUAGAGAAAGCUGGAUUCACAAAUGUGGAAGCUGUAGAUGUAACUGGACUAAUGAUAGAAAUGUUGGUCGCUGAGCUCGCUAAAUUCUCAAAUAUGAAGGAUAGGUUUAUAGAAGAGUUCUGUGAGGAUGAUUAUACUUAUAUCAAGCAGGGUUGGGAGGAGAAGGUUGAGAGGUGUAAGGAGGGAGAUCAGGCCUGGGGACUGUUCACAGCUGUGAAGAUGUAAUCCAUUAAACAGUUAAAUGCAAGCUCGAGAUUUUAUAUGUACAAAGUGCACUGCACAUUACUGUACACCUAGAUUCAAUUCUAAACAUGUGCCAGUGCAACUCUGUACACAUUCAUCUAGAUUGAAAUUUGUACCAAUGUAAUACUGUACAUAAAACUAUAUCCAGAUCUAACAUAAACCUGUGCAAAACUGUACAUGCAUCUAAAUCCAGAUUUAAACAUACACCAGGCAGUGCAGUACGACUAUGCUCGAGAGUUAACAUUUUAUUGGAUUGUGCAGUUUAACAAUAAACAUCUUUUUCAAUGUG